AUGGAUAAUAACAUCAAUCAUCAACGAAAAAAACUUAAUAUUAACAGAAUUAUUUACAAAUAUGGCUUCGGAGCGAUACAGGAGCGAGAUAUUAUGAGUUUAGCAAUACCAAAACUUUCUAAAAUGUAUAUUCUACGACAUGAAAGUGUCAAACUUAUCAAUUCAAAUACAAUCAAUUUUGGUAAUGAAUGUAUUCGACUUGUCAAUAUUGCCUUUCACACAAGUCAGAUAUUUCCUUCAAUGAUGAGUACAUUUGAUGAUAUCAGUCAGUACUUACGAAAAGAACUUCGUCGAAGACAUUCAAAGAAACAUUUUCAUAUAAUUAUUGGUGAAAAUAAUGGAUUCAGUUUUUUGAUUAGUGACUUCGAACAUUUUGCUGAUAUUGAACAAGAACAAUAUCGUGUCUUGAUCUUUUCAACGAAGUCACUCCACAAUGUAAAAGUUGAUACACGUAAUGUUAAUGCUCAAAUGAAAUUGCAUUGGAAAUCAGUCAUAAUUAAACAAAUAGAUAAUUAA